AUGCCUGCCGAAUCGAUGGAGAUGCCUCAAAUGAACAACAUGGUGGCCCAGCCCCAGACCGAGCAGCCUAAGGCAGAGGAGCCAAUGUCAAUGGGUCUCCGUGGUGGUGGUCUCUGUGAGGACUGCUGCUGCUGCUGCGCCGGAUGCUGCGCCCUCGAGACAAUCUGCUGCUGUCUCGGCGCUGAGGAGGUCGCCGACAACCUCUAA